CACAAAAUACAACAUUUAUUAUGUUAUUAAAAUGCUACAUUGCUACAAUAUCAUAUUUUGUCCUGGUGUAUAAACUAAGACUAUGGCUGUAUUCAAUGACUCGUCAUAAUUCAUAGUAAAGGCUAAAGACCGUGAACCGUGGCCGUGUUAACAAAAAAUGAUACGUAGAAAAGAGAUAAACCUCUAUAUUAUUAGUUGCCCUUUUCGGUAGUAAAAAAUGCAAUGUAGGUUGGUACAAAGAUCCAUGUUAUCGCAAUAUCGUGUUCCAAGAGAACUGACCCCUUAAUCCUUAUCCCUUUUUAAAAUGGACAUCACAGAAUAUAAUAUUAUGAUAAAUAAACAACUGAUAAUUUGAAAUUAAAUGAUUACUAGAACUGGAAAAUUACAUUUUUCAAAUGUUCACUUUUAACUUCUAAUUCGUUUGCACGUAGUCAUAGAACAGUAGUGUUUUAUUUUUUUCCUUAAUUUAAAUAUAAGUAUCAACCGAAUUUACACAUUUUGUAUUUAAUAAUUUGCCACAAGAUAGCUGAACAAUUACUUAUUGAUGACAAAAGUCCAAAAUUGGUUUCUUUUUCAUAGUAUUAAUUUAAAUAACUUAUUGUCUUACCUUUAAAUGGUUGAUUAUGGAUUUAUGAUCCAAAUCUAACAGCUCCAUAUUGUAAAGCCUGCUCUGCUUUAAAAAGUCUAGCAGUAUAAACCAAUUCUUUGGCUAGUGAGCCACCAACUGCACGUGCUAAACGUUGAGUUCCACCAGCACCUGGUAUUAUGCCAAGUCUAGUUUCUACUAAUCCGAAAAUGGAAUUGGAAGCACAAACAAUAAAAUCACAACUUAGAGCCAAUUCAAAACCUCCACCUAAUGCAGCACCAUCAACGGCUGCAAUAACAGGAACAGGAGAAUUGGCAGUUCUCGAAAUAUAUCAACACGUUCCCGAAGAAAUCGAAGAAUAUCAAAUGCAAAAAGUGCACGUUUUAGACCAAUUGAACCUGCGGUGCUUAUGGAUAUAUCACCAACAUUAUCUCUAUCUCCAACAAUACAUAACAGAACAAAUGAUUUAUUUGAUUUGCUUGAUGAAGGUAUAGAUGCACAAACACAGCGUAGGGAAAAUUCAGCUCGAUAUGGUCGAAGAGCUAUAUCUAAUGUUAAAAAUAUAUCUAAUCAAACUUUACAUAAUGUUCCUGAUGAAAUAAUAUUACCUAAAAAACCUACUAACCAAGUUAAUGAAGAUUUUCUCGAACAGUCUUGGACAUCUUUAAACUUUUUUAAUCGCAAACAAAAAGGGAGACUAACUAGCAAACGACAAGAUCGUAAAACACCAAUGAGUUUUGGUGUGGAAUCCGAAUUUGGCACACACAUUUCAAAAAAUGAAUCUCAAUCACAUACGCCUUUUGUAAUACCUGAACUACCAUCUGGAUCAACAUUAAAAUUGGAUAUAACCAGCACUUGGGGUGAUCAACAUUAUGUUGGUCUCAAUGGCUUGGAAAUUUUUAACAAUGAAGGCCAAUUAGUAAAUAUUAUGAAAAUUUGGGCAGAUCCAUCAGACAUAAAUGUUUUACCAGAAUAUACAUCAGAUCCUCGAGUUGUACACAAUUUGAUAGAUGGGAUUAAUCGAACAAGAGAUGAUAUGCAUUUAUGGUUAACUCCAUUUACUCCAGGGGCUCAUCAUUUUAUCUAUUUAGAAUUUGAUGAUGUACAUACAGUAGCUAUGAUCAGAAUAUGGAACUACAACAAAUCAAGAAUCCAUUCUUAUAGAGGUGCCAAAGACUUGAAAAUGUAUCUUAACUCAGAGUUAAUAUUUCAAGGAGAAAUUGCUAGAGCGUCUGGUGGAAUUGUUGGAUGUACAGAUGCUUUUGGUGAUACAAUACUAUAUACAUUAGAUGAAGAUAUAUUAGAAAAUAUUGCACACAACGAUACUUCAUAUUCAAUAUUAUUAGAAGCCAACAAUACAGUUGAUUCAAUUUCAGUUGAACCACAACAACGUCCCCUUACAGCUGAUACUGGAAUUAUCAGACCUUUAACAUGUGCACAACCAAUUAUCACAAAUAUGUCUUCUGAUUCAUCCGAAUCUAACUCAAAAACUCAAUAUCAAAUAACUGGAUCACUAUUAUGCCAACAAUCAUUGACUAUUACUAUUAUUUCGACUUGGAAUUCAUUAGAUAAUUCAGAGGAAAUGAAUACCGUUAAUGUUGUUGGAUUGUUGGGAUUAGAAGUAUUAGGGGAGACUGGUGAUGUAGUUAAAAUAGACAGUUUAAAAUGUAAUAUUGAUACGUCAUCUGAUGUAGACAAAUUAUUAGAAUGCCAUGUUACCGAUAAAGAUUGUGAUAUGUGGACUUGUGAGUUACCAGAUGAACCUUUAACUUUGACAUUCAACUUUUUAGCACCAGUCCAUUUGUCAGCAUUAGUUAUAUGGAACUAUAAUGGAUCAAUAGAAAGUUUAGACUGUGGAGUAAAAUUUAUAAAACUCAAUAUUGAUGAUCGAGAAUUGGUUGAAAGAGGUAUAGUUCAAGUAAGGCGUGGUCCUGGACAUUGCCGAUAUAAUUUUGGUCAAAAAAUUCCUUUACUUCCAAAGCAUUGUCCAGCUCGAUCUAAAGAAUUAGCAACAGUAAAUCCAAAGCAACUUAUAAGAAUAAAUAAUCCUGAUUAUGAGCAUGUAACAAUCCCAGUUGGUUUUGUUUACCAAAUUGCUUUAUUAUCAACUUGGGGUGAUCAAUAUUAUAUUGGUUUAAAUGGUAUCCAGUUAUUUGAUAAAUUGGGACAAAUUAUCCAUUUGGAGCCUAAAAGUAUUAGUUGUUGGCCAAGCAGUGUAAAUAUUCUACAAAGUAAUAAAAAUGAUAUUCGUACACCUGAAAAUCUUGUAGAUGGGAUCAAUGAUACUAUGGAUGGUGCUCAUAUGUGGUUGGCUCCAAUUUUACCAUCAGAGGUCACCAAAAUUUAUAUUGUUUUUGAUGAACCUACCUAUGUCUCAAUGUUCAAAAUUUGGAAUUAUGCUAAAACUCCUUUAAGAGGAGUAAAAGAAUUUGCAAUUUUAGUAGAUGAUCUGCUGGUUUAUAAUGGGAUUUUAGAAUGUUUCAAAACCACAUCAACCUUAAAUCAGUAUUCCACUGUGAUAUUUGAUACUUCUAAGGAACAAAAUGAAGCUAUUUUUGAAUUGUCAACUGCAAAUGAAUUGAAUAGUUUGAAUAUUGAAGGUAUGUUAUUAGAUAAUGUUGUGGACCAGUCACAAAGACCAUUUACAUCAAUGUUACCAUCUUCAAGAUUAAUAAAUUAAGAGUUCUUAAAUAAUCUAGAUUUAAAAAAAUGCUUAUUGUAGUUAUGUUAAUGUCCAACUGUUAUUGGAUGUAUGAUAUUGUAUAGUUGUGUAAUUACCUUUAAAUACUUUUAUAAUUGCAUGUAAAUGUUAGACAUAUAAUUUAUUAAAAUAGGUUAAAAUGUA